GCUGCUCUAUAGCCUGUUAGUCCACUGAAAAGUGUUUCCUUCUGGUGGGAUUUACGUGUUUAACUCAGUAAUGGGCAACCUAGGCUAGCGAGUGGGCUGCAGGAGUGGCCCUUCAUCUCCGUGGCCGCAAGAUUGUUGUGACCGAGACAGUCUCCCAGGAUAGGGGGUUUUGCUGCAUGCGCUUGCGUACUUAGAACUCGCAGGAGGUGUCCACUGAACCAUGGCAGCGCUUUGAGUGGCUGCAGAGGAAGCCCACAGUGUGCAGUCAGCACACACCUCUGCUUCACGUGUGUUUCGCUUCAGUAAAGCCAGUAGUAAAAAAACCUAGGCAGACAGAAACCAGUGGAAUCUGGCAACCCUGCGCACGGGCAACAGUGAACAAAAUGUCUGGGCCACGCAUAGACCCUCAAUGGGCCACAGGCUGCCCACGCCUGGCUUAAUUCCUUGCAUUGACCUGAGGCUAGCUGUUGACUUGGAGUGGUAAGAACCUGCUUUCCUGUAUCCAGGAAGCCUGGCUGAGGGAGCUGGUUAUGCUGAGGGGUUUGCAAUGAAAAGGUUAACGUGUCCCAUUUUAAUUCUUGCCUUGUUGGUUUUUGUCUGUUUUUAGGCUACGGAGAGCUAAAUGGUAAUGCCGGAGAAAGGGAAGUAUCCUUAAAGGGCCUGUGUGCUGACGAAACGACCAGCUCCUCUUCCAGGGUACCAAAUGGCAGCCAGCAACUUGUAGACGCUAAUGUAAACCCAAAGCAGACUGUUAAGGCCAGCACCUUUGGGAAAGCUGGAAUCAAACCCAAGACCUUCAUUCAGAAAAACAGUAUGGACAGAAAGAAUGACAAAUUUUAUGAGAAUAAACUUAGAGAAAAUCUGUCCUCAGACAAGCCAGAAGCAGUAUCUAUUCCAAAUGGUGUUGUAACAAACAGUUCUGGUUAUAUCACUAAUGGCUACGUCGGCAAAGGGGUCGAUAACGAUGGGAGUGGGUCUGAGAGUGGCUAUACCACACCUAAGAAACGGAAAGGCAGGCGGAACAGUGCCAAGGGUUGUGAGAACUUGAAUCUGGUGCAGGACAAAAUAAUGCAACAAGAGGUCAAUACCCCAUCUCUAAAACAGGAGCUUGAGAGUUUGAAGGCUGAGUAUGGUGAACAAAAGGGAAACCAAGUGGACAAUACGAAGCCCAUUUGGAAAUACGAAGCUGGAGUUGGAGGAGCAGGACGGGGAAAAACUGGGCUUGGGGAGGUACAGCGAAAAAACUCCGACGCCAAACCUGGGGUUAGUAGCAAAAAGUUUGAUGACCGGCCUAAGGGGAAGCAUGCGUCAGCGGCUGCAUCAAAAGAGGACUCAUGGACCCUGUUUAAACCACCCCCCGUUUUUCCAGUGGACAACAGCAGUGCUAAAAUCGUUCCUAAAAUAAGUUAUGCAAGCAAAGUGAAAGAAAACCUCAACAAAGCAGCUCCAAACCCGUCUCCGUCUUCAUCGUCUUUGUCAUCUACUGGAGAAACUCAGCCCCAAACACCGAAUCGAUUGUCUCAAGUCCCCAUGUCUGCUAUGAAGUCUGUUACUUCUGCUAGUUUUUCAAAUGGGCCCAUUUUAGCAGGGACUGAUGGGAAUGUAUAUUCUCCAGGGACCCAGCCACUGCUUGCUGCUGCUGCUAGUACUUUAACCUCAACCUCGUUGGAGUCAGUACACCAGGACCUAAGUACGACUGCAACAGCUGUUGAACAAAAGAAGUCUAGCCUUUUCAUUUACCCUUCCAAUAUGCAAGCUGUGCUUUUGGGGGCCACGCAGGUCGAGCUGCCAUUGCAGGCUAGUCAGCAGAACCUGGGGGAUAUCUUCCAGAACCAGUGGGGUUUAUCGUUUAUAAAUGAACCCAGUGCUGGGCCUGACGCUGUCCUUGGGAAAUCAACGGAAACUCAAGUCAUGGAAGUGACAUUUCAAGGGGAAUAUCCUGCCACUUUGGUUUCACAGGGUGCUGAAAUCAUUCCCUCGGGCACUGAACAGCCGGUCUUUCCUAAGGCGUACGAGCUGGAAAAACGGACUAGCCCUCCACUACUUAGUGGAAUUAUAAAGCCUGGGGUUGCUAGUGAGACUGGAGUCUUGUCUUUGGAGCCGCAUCACACAGGUCACCUGCAAAUGGCAGACCCCAGUAGCCAAGGUGCUUUAGUGUUCCUCUCAAAGGACUACGAACUAGAGAAUCCCUUGGCCUCUCCUACGAACAAUUUGUUAGCCUCCGCCAAAGAUCAGAGGUACCAGAGAGGCCUAGAAAGGAAAGAUAGCUGGGGUUCUUUUGACCUGCAGGCUGCUAUUCUAUAUCACACUAAAGAAAUGGAAUCGCUUUGGAAUUUGCAAAAGCAAGAUCCCAAAAGGAUAAUCACUUACGACGAAGCCAUGGAUUGUCCGGAUCAGUGAAGGUAGCGGGACGAGACAGCCUGUUCCGAGCUCGCUGCAGUGGGAGUGCUGUGCACACGGGACGCUCCUUCUGAAUCUUCAGUGCAACAGAGGAACCCUAACGAGAAUCACAGGAUAAUAUAUACAAAUUAUAUAGAGUUAUUUAAAAAUGGCAACUGAAAAUAAUUAGACUUCUUAAGGAAUCUGAAAAUUUAUUUCAACAGACUACACACACAAUUAUUUAAUCUCCGGUACUGAAUAGGUUUUUUUAGUUUUGUUUCUGUUUAAAGAGUGAAUGCAAGUGAUUAACGAAUACAGACUCCAUUCACAAGCCUGGUUCUGAAGUUUCUGCUGUCAUCAACAUAGGCACCAGUGACCGCUGGAGAGGCAUUUCCACCCUGCAAGAGUUCUGUUUCUUCUUCUGUGACCGCAGUGACACACUAAUCACAGGGAAACCAGGAUGAUUCGCCAUCCUUCAUCUCCCUCCCCCCUCCACCUCCCUUUUGGUUUAGUUUGAGUUACUUUGAACCCUGUGCGAAUGCUGGAGAAACGCCUUGAAGUUUGCAGGGUUUCCUUUUUUUCCAGAAAAUAUAAUCUGCAUGUCUUGCCAGGAGUAAAACAGCCUACAGGUCCUGAGGAAAUGGUCUUAAAACAUCGAGGAGGGGGGGAAGAUUGUAAUUCUGCAGUUCUGGGAUACACAUUGGUUUUACAGUCAACAAGACUAAUACAACUGAAGAGCUGUCACGAGUAUCAUUUUAAAAGACAACAUGCAAAAUGAGCAAUUGGUUUAGGCAUUUAAUAUGGAAAAAAAAAACCCUGUUCCCACGCUUUUAUGCCAUUGUAUCACUGGGAGCAAAAAAUAUAUAUAUACGUAUAUAUAUAUCUAUCUAUCUAUCUCCUGCUUUCAACUGUAGGUGCUUCAUAUUUGCUCUGUCUGUCUCUCAACACUAAAUGUGCUCCCCUCCCCCCGUUUUUCACUGAAAAUCUGAAGAGAAUUUGUGUUCUGCUAGCUUCCGCCCCUCUUGAAUUAUUUUUUCUCUUUAGAAACAUUUUUUUUAAAAAAGAAAAAAAAAAAAGGAAAAAGGAAAAAAGAAAAAAAAUAUGGGAAUUGUAACCCUUUCCCAUUCGGCCUGAAAGCAAUGGAUGGGGGAAUAGUGUCCCGGCCAUUGGAAAUAUUCUUUUAUAGUUUCACGCAGUCUGUGUAUUUCUGAGCUCUUUUGCUGGUUCUCAUUAUAUCUCUAUUAAAAUAUAUUUUAUUACAAGAGCAAAAUGGGGGGUGUAGGAAUGAAAAUUAAAAAAAAAAAAAUCCAAACUAAAGAACGCUUUCUGGUGAUAGCAGAGAAGGCGGAAGAGAGUGCCGGCUCCAGUCAUGUGAUCCAUGCUGUUGCGCUGCUGCUUGUGUGUAGCAUGUGUAAAAAUGUGUGUGUUUUUUUUAUUUUAUUUUAUUAUUUUUUUCAAGGUGCAAAAUUCCUGGAGUCCACUGUAAGACCGAGCAGUUAAUCAUUAAUGAAACAAAACGAGUUCUCUGUCCUGCCCCAGUACCACACGUACACGACUCUUAACUAUUCUUGGAUGCUCACAGAUGAGUGCUGGCGAAAAUGUCUGGGCAUUUAGGAGUUAGCAUCUGGUAAAAUCAGACUGGAUCACAUGGGGCAUUAGGGGAAGGAAAUAACCCCGUUACUUUUGCCUAUUCUUUGUGCUUAGAUGUAUCUACUCUCACAAUUAGAGGUAUCUAGCAUGUGUGGGGCUUUUUAAGUGUUUCAUGCUUUUAUUAAGGUUGUUCCUGAAUGAAGCGCUCAGGUUCAUAGUGGGACAAAGAAACUUUAAUUUUUCCUGUACCUUUUUAAAGAUGGUUAGCUUUCUGCCAUGCUUGGUUUUAAAAGUAUAACUAUGAAUUGCCUACUCCAUUUUAUGUAUUCAAACAAUAACUUUCUGUAUCAUCCAGGGUCAGAAACUUGUGGUUGGCCAGUUGCGGAAUUGUUCGAUUUCCCCUCUAAACUGUAUCCCCUUUACUGGUGUUUGUAUCUUUCCACUGUACAACAUGUUUACAGAUGUGCCCGGCAUCUAGUCCUCCCGCGUUCCUGUUUUUUAGUUCUCGUGAGUCUCCUGGUGGCUUGCCAAAAGUUGGGAUUGUGGUGGGUUCCUCCGGGAAAGAACUGCUGCAUUCUUGAGCUUUAAAGCGCUGAACAAACUGGAAGAGCUGACUUAAGAGCGAGGCGAAAAAGUUUGUUUGGUUUUGUUUUUAAUGUUUCAGGUGGCUAGCCGAGUGUCUAGUUGGUUUUACAGGCUUUAAAGUUCUGCUCUCUAUUUGCCUUGGGUCAUCACUUGCCGCCUUAAGGGCUGGAUUCCAUAGUAACACCCUCCACCCCUCUUUGGCUUGCUCAGGGGUUAAUGCUAUGCCAGCACCCCUGCCCCCCAAAAUCUGCUUUUGGGGAUGGUGUGAUGCAGGAGCUGAACAGCCGUCACUUUUAAAUGGAAUCGAACCCGUGGAGUUUAGAGCUGUGGCUUAGUCUUGCUGAAUUAUUCAGGAAGCUCACCUUGGCCAAUCCCAUGCAUUGUUCAAAUAAUGAACUACGUUCCCAAAGGAAACCGAAUAAAAUCACCGUCUCUAAAGGUCUGUUCCCCCUGCUUUGCCCCGCCCAUAGGCCCAUUGCUAUCUGGCGCUUUUCUCUCCAUUGUGGUUUUUGAGCAUCUCUCGAAAUAGAUUCCACCUUCUGCCUUCUCAGUUGAGAGCUCGGUCGGUUGUACAAGUGACUUGAAGCAGUUAGGAAAUUCUUUUUCUGGGAGCCCCAUAGUUUCAGCUUGCAAACACAGGCAGUAUUUCCGGGCAAUGGGUUGGAUUAACUUGAUUGCCUAGGGACAGGCAGGACCAUGGAAUAAACGUCCUUUGUGCUGUUUUGUAACACUUCACCCUCUCUGUGUCUGCAGUCUCUCUCCUUGCGUCCUCACACAGGUCUUUACUGAGCACUUAUUAAAAAACAAUCUUGAGCGUUAAUCUGUUUUCUGAUUAUUUUUGUGUAAAUUUCUAAAAACAACUUCAGCUGUGAGUAACUUAGCCCAUUUAAACAAUGUUCCUGCUGGGACUCUUCAGUGUCCCUUGGACUCAGAGUAUUAGUACUGUAGCAUAAACCAAAUACAGCCUAGAAAGGGUGCAGCUCUCUCCCCUGCAGGGGUCUGAACAGGGUGUGCAUGGGUGCCUGCACGGAGGUGGGAUGUGAAGCCGAGAAACAGAAUGAAUGUGCAUGCAAGCAUUUUAUUCAUGUUUGGAGAACGAACUCUGUAUUUAUUUUGUGCCAUCUGUUUUUUAUUACACUGAGUAAAAUAAGUUUAAGACGAACCCUAACACAAGUGUAGUAUUGGAAAGUGGCACUAAGAAUAAAAUCAUGAUCUAUUUUUUUAAUAGCUGUGAAGAUACUAAUUCAGGUUAAAGUCGUCUUUCAACUUUCUCUUUUAAUUGAUUAUAGGCCCUAUGAGUCAGCUGUUCCUCCCCCCCCCCCCCCCCCUUUCCUGACCAAAUGAAGUUUUCUAUUUAUUUGCCUAUUCCCGCACAGGAGGGGUGCGCAUACGUGCUCUCUUCCUCCUUCUUCCUCAUCCCUCCAGUGGCAGGUUUCAUUGGGUUAUCGGCUAUAAUGUCUCUUGCCCAAACGGGCCCUGAAUGUACCCAAAUAAACACGUGGAUACUUCGCCGCAGUCCACCGCGGCGCAUGUUUGUCAACUUGCAAGGACUGUUGGCAAUUGUCCCCACUCCCCUUCCCCUCCCACAGUGGAGGGGGCUGUCCUCCCGGCCUCGACUGCUGGGCUUGCCUCGGUUGAUACCUCGCCAGAGUGGCAGGGCUGCGGCUACUCGGCAGUUUUUGAUUUGAUUUUAAAAAAACAGCCAACCUCCUCGCUCCAUCAUGUGGGGGCACAGAUUCCAGUUGUGGAGCCCGGUUGCCUAGCUACUCUGGCGCGCAUCUUUGAGCGCUCCCCGUGUAGUGCGGUUGGCAAGGCUGGGCUGAGCCCUUGUCUCACCCACUUUGAACCAUGCAUCUGGUUGUCGCCGACUUCAGUGGCUGGGGGGGGGGCCUGGCAAGAACAGGCCAUUUACAUCAGCCGGAAAAUCCCAUUGUGCUUGCGGACAGUUGGGCAUUGGUGGUUUUCUACCGCUGCUUUCAACGACCGUGGCUGCAAUACGAACGCACCUUCCUCGUGAGCAGCUGCGAACUGGUGGUGGGAAUAGGAGCGUUCUUGGAGGGGGGCAAGGCAGGAAGCUGUUACCGGCAUAAUUCUUGCAGGACAACUCGCAUGUGGCGACGUGCCUUGCUGUGUGGGGAGCUCUUGCUCUUUCGGGUAAUCGCAUUUGCAAGGACUUGCUCCGGUGGCUGGUGACUUGCUCUGGUGGCUGGUGUGAUGCUUUAGGGUGUGUUGGUUUUCAGUGCCGAGACUGUUCACGGGAGCAGGGCUAGGAGAGGAGAGAGCAAGCUGCUGGAGGGGUUUUUGUAGGUGCACAAGGCAAGAGCCACUUGCUAGUUGUACGAUUUGCUCGCCAUGUGUGGGAGUAGCCCCAGCAGGGAAUGGGGGGGGGGGGGGGGGGUAGCUAGGAACCCAAAGGACACCGACCCUUGUGAAAAAAUGAACUCAGUUGAGACCCAUGAAUCUGGACUGAUGCAAAGGGCUGGAAGCUCUCUGGCUCCUCUGCUGACACACUACAGCACAGAGCUUCAGAAAUGUGCCCAGUUCAUGUGGCCCCCCUCGGGGAAAGCUGGCUUCUUUGUAUCCCCUUCACGUCUCCCCCUGCCCUCCGUAGUAGAACUUGGCCGUGCCACUAGCGGAAGUGAGGCGGUGCAGGCGUGCGGCGCAGUGAGCGCGACUGGGGGGUGGGGUUGCUGGCGUGAAGUGGCAGGCCCAUCCAAGGAACAUACGUGGGCGUUGGACCUUGGGGGGGGGGGGUCUUAGGUUGUAUUUCCCAUGGGCUGUCUAUCGGCAAGCGCCACUCGUGUCCAUCGUUCUAAAGCCAUUCUGUAACCUCGCCCUGGCCCUUUCCUCCAGCCUUGCUAAUGAGUUCAGUCGCUUCUUUAAAAAAAAAAAAAAAGUUCAAUUUUUUUUUUCUGUGGGAUGAAAAUUGUGUGCAGCAAACACGUGGCCAUUCAGCAACUGUCACGCUUGCCGUCUUUUUUCCUUAACUCUCUGCUUUCCAUACGGUCUUUCCUCAGGUGCUAAAUAAGGGUUCCAAAAAAACCGGAUACUGCUUUAGAAGUUUCUGCUUUAUUCCUAAAAUACAUGUGUUUUGUUUAGGUGUUAUAAAGAUUCAGUAUUGUAACAAUGGUUUGGGUUUUACGAUGUAAAUAAGAAUAUGCCUCUGUAGUUCGGUUUUAUCCCUUUUGGGUCUGUUAGUCUAAUUUCCAUGUAUCCUUUUGAGAAGGACUUUCUUGUGACCUUGAAGACAUUUCAUUAAGUGUUUGCUGCGUUUAAGAAUGAAUCUACAAUUGUUCACGUCUUGGAUUAAUGCUACUGCUGCUAUCAGUAACUCCGAAAAUCAAGAAUGUGAUGCACUUUUUACAUGACCAUAUAGUUCUUCUAAGGAUGGUUUGACCCCUCCUGUAACACAGCCACUAAUUCUGAGGGUUACGUAGAAACGGAACUAUCAGAAAUAACGGCUUGGGAGAUGUGGAAUUAAUUUUGGUGCUGACCCAUCUAUGAGAAUUACUAUGCAAUGCAAGCAAAACUGUUAACUUCAAAGAACACUGUGUAUCACCAUCCCUCAGCUGGCUCUUGGAAAUGCCUGAGAUGUGUAACUUUCUCUUCCUUUUUUGGCCGGAACAGGGAAUACAACUCAAAGUAACCUUAGGCUGGAAGAAUCUAGCUGAAGCGUGUUCUGUCUAAGUUGUGUAUUCUGUUUUUUAGCCAUGCAGGUAUUUGGAAGGAAAAUGGUGAUCUCUGCAAAACAUUCCCCCGCCCCCUUUUUUGUUUUGUUUUUUAAAUGUUGAAACUCCGUGUGAAAUUUAGUGAGGAUUAGUCAGCAGGCUUAGAAAUCAUCUGCUCUCCCCGGCCAAUUGGGACUGCAUAGUCCCAAAGUUGGGAAAAACUUUUAUUUUUGCCUGGUGUCUUCUCAGGCUGCUCCCAGGCUGAGGGGGGGCACGCAGCUGGCCCCUGAUGUUAGCUUUCUCUCCCGUGUUCCACUAGUGCCGGGAACCCUUGAGACUGGCCUCCGCUUUGUUUAGCAACAGAACCAAAAUGUGAAUGAUUGAAAAUAAAUGAGCGCCGCUGAGUGGCAAGAAGGAGCCUGGCUCUGGUAUAAUGGCUCCGGCUCAUUUGGCAAAAAAGUCCCGGAGAACCGCUGUGGAUCUCUGCCACGACUCGUGAGCCAACCUUCCUGUGCUACCAAGCAGGAACCCGGAGGCUUUACACGCCCGCCCGCCCGGAGGAACAAAAGGGAAUUGACUUGACCUUUCUGUUUGUAGAAACUUUUUUUUUUUUUAAUUUAAAGGGGGUGGAAAUAUUUUUGUGGGGCAAGGGAAGAUUUGAAGGGAUCUGAACUUGUUCUGCUUCUGACGCUUCAGUCAAACUGUUUCGGUAUUGUACAUGACUGGUAGAGCAGAGUUCUGUCUUCUUCCUCAGCUUGUCAGCACUGGGCAUUUUUUGCUGACACGUGUGUUUUGCUUUUAUCUAUCUAUGACGUGCCUUGCAUGCGUGUUUCGUUUUAAAGAGAAUUUCAAAUGGUCCAACUCGUUAGUGAGUUGUCGGGAGCUUUGCAUUGGUAAUUCCGGACGUCUCGCCCCCUUGCAUGGGGUCACGAACCUCCCUUCUGCCGUCGGGAAUUGGCUAGUUCUCAGUAACUAGUCUUCAAAGCGAGGGCAUAAUCCUCAAUUGACUCUGACUAGUGGCUGUUUUACACGCUGGGGGGGAAAACUCCAAUCCUAUGAUACAGCACCUGUCCUAUCAUACCUGACCCAUACCGGCGUGUUAAAGGACACCUGGUUUGCUGGACACCCCCUAUUAGCAAAGGAGGGUGCUGUGAUGCUUAGCACUGUGGAAGGUCUGGAAUCAACUUCUCUCUGGAAUUCAGGUUUUCUGCAGAGGCUGAAAAUUGCAUUUACUGGGCUGGAUUUUUCUCCCUCCCCCGCCCUCCCCCCUUAACUUUUGUAAAGGAAAAAAGAAAAUGCACCUUGCUUUAAAUAAAGAGAAAUGCUUGUUUGCAACCAUGGACUCCGAAUAUUAAACUCUGCGAUUCUUGUUUUCUCCGUUUCUGCAUCUCUAGAUUCCGUCUCCCUAAAGUGAUUUUUUUUCUGUUUUUAAGCCUCUCUGUAUUUCUGCCACUGUAAAUGUGAAAGCUUGCUUGCAUUACUUUUUUAGAAAUGCAUUUUGCACACUCGGGUUUCGCUGAAGCUCCGUGAAAAGGUUAGUCCUAAGCAGAUGAAUAAAGCUAUGCACAUGUUUUUGAAAGUUUAAUUUGUGUCUCAUUACCAGAAGUGACUUAUCUGCUCUUGUUUGCAUCCCUGUGCUGUCAAUGCAUCCUUAGCUUUAUACCAUCUGGGGGGGGGGGGACGCGAGAGAGCAGUUUGUGCUAGCAGUCAACAAGCAGAAAACUUCUGGGAGUAGCCAGAGGGUUGUUUUGGGAAAAGGCCUAAUUCAGCGAGCCAGCGGGAGGGAGAAGGGUGGUGUGUUCUUACGGGAUGUCCCCCGUGAGCUCCCUCCGUGGUACCGAUGUGACUGUGUUCUCUCCAGCCCAGCGGAGCCAUGCCACGGAGGGAGGGGGAAGGUUGAUCGAUUUUACGUUUGCUGUUCUUUAGUCCCUGCUGAGGGCGAUGUUCUCUUGGAACUAACACCUAACCCGUUUGCUUAGACAUUUUUUAGCUGUGUGGGGUGGGCCGAUUGUAAGCUGUUUAGAGGAAAAGCACCUUUAAAAAACCCCAUUUUUGUCUGCCUCUAGUGCACGGCGCGGGGUUCAGGCAUGGCUGUUGGGCUGCAGAGUGGGAAACUGCUGGCAACAAUCUCUUGGAUAUCCUGGGGGUCAAGGUUUUGCCUUGUGACUUUCUUUUUGUUCGUGUAGCUGGAUGGGUCUGAACACCUGGCCCAGCCCUGGUGUGUAGGACAGGCUGGGUUUCGCAUUGGAGGAGGUAUCCGCUGCGGCUUUCUUCCCGGUGGUCGCUCCGCUGUGGCAGAAACGCAAACCCAUUCCCUUCCGAACAGGGCUGCUUUUCUGUCUCCGGUCACAGAUGUACUGACUGUCUCCAGGGGCUUGGAGGCGCUCAGCAGGUUUACUUAGGGGGAACAUAGAAACAAUCCCCCCUGAUUUUCAGUAUUAAUGGCAGGUUGAAAUUCAGCUGCGUACUACAGGCCCCCAAAGUUGGGCUCCUAUUUGUGGCCUCUCCCAGCAGAAUUGAGGGAGCAGAGCAGCUGGUACCUUGCAUGGAUCCCAGCCUGCCCUCCUAGCUCUGUCAAUUGUUCUCAUUUCUGUUAUCUAUUUUAAAAUCACAGCCAAGUCUGAGUCUGACCUGCUCAGACACUGAGUCACCUCCUCAAGUCAGAGGGAUGGCCCCUCUUGCGGGUGGGUACUUUCCCCAACCAGCGUUCAAGGUGGUAGUUUUAUUGUGCUUGCCCACUAAGUUCGGAUAGGCCAAGCUAUCGUGUACCCAGUUAAACCUGUAGCUCUUUUCCAGCUUGGGAGGGGGUGGCUAGAGCAUUUAGUGUACUACGUAAAUACCUGCUGUAGCUGUUUCUAGUGCAGGCUGCUGAAGCCGCGUAUGUUACCGAGUGUUGUCACAGAGUGGAAGGGUAGACAAUGUCUAUGAGCUGUAAUGGCGUCAGAUCUCUUUCCUGAAGAGGUCUCCUUCGUACUUUAAAUGUUGAAAAAGUUACCUUAAUUUCAGUUACUCCAUGUUUCACCAACAGGUCUUCAAAAGUGACCCAAACUUACUACUUUAUCAGGAGAGGAAAAAAAAAAACAAACCAGAAAAUUAUGUAGAUGAAAUGCGUUGACGGAAAAUAAGUGAUGUAAAUUGUUAAAUAAAAAUUUUAAAAUUUG